AAGAUGGCGUAAGCAGCGAAAGAUUGCAAAAUUUGCUCCAGAGCAAUUUAAACGCCUCCGAAGAAAUCGGACUUCAAAUUAAAACCAUUAUAUGCGAUCAGGGUCCCCAAAAUGCCAAAUUGAGGCAACUGUUGGGAGCAUCGCCGGAAAAACCUUAUUUUUUCCACAAGCAAAAGAAAAUUUAUUUUAUGUUCGACUAUUGCCAUUUAAUAAAAUGCAUGCGCAAUAUGAUCUUAAAGUAUGAUGUUGAAACACAAGAUGGGCUGACAACUUUUAAAGUUGUCCGCAAAAUAUAUGCCAUAGACCAGGCGAACGUUAAUUUUAAAAUGUGCCCAAAAUUAACCUAUUCGCAUGUGUACCCCACAAAUUUAGAAAAGAUGUCGGUGUCUAGAGCGACACAAAUUUUCAGCAACUCGGUCGCCGCGGCAAUUGAUAUGUCAAUAAAAGAAAAUUUGUUGGGCUCCGAUGAGCACUUAAAAAAAUGCGCUAAACCAACCCAACUGCUGGUGAAGAGAAUGAAUGAUCUUUUCGACGAAUUGGAUUGCAAGACGCUUUGCAAUCCAAAUCCUCUAAGACGACCAAUACAAAGAGGUUGUAUUGAGAAAAUUAAUAGAUUAAAAGAUCACAUCGAAUAUAUAAAAAAUAUAAAAACGCCCAACAGCCAAAUAUUGUGCCUAGAUUCGUUUGUUUUAACAAUAAAUGCAAUGAUUGCAUUGAGCGGCGAUAUAUUCGAAGAAUAUUCGAAUAUAUCAUUUAUACUCUUAGGGAGGAUGAACCAAGAUGCCUUGGAAAACUUUUUUUAUAAAAUAAGAGCAAAUUUAGGAUGUAAUAAUCAUCCGUCAGCACACGAGAUCCAAUAUAUUGUAGCAAGGCUAGUGUCCAUGCAUAUAUUGCGACGCAACUUCUCGCAAUCAGGCAGCAAUUGCGAAGAAGACGACGAUAUAAACCUUGACUGGAAUAUUGGCCAGGAAGACGACCUGAAAGAAAAUUUGAAACCGUCUGAGCAACUUGCCUUGGAACAAAUAAAUGUUCCAGAUGAGCAAUUUGAUCAGAAUGAAAAACCAGCCGAGAUACAGGUUCGUCGCUAUUAUACUGGAUAUGCGAUAUACCAGAAGGUUUUAUGUAGAUUGAAGUGCGACAAAUGUGCCAUUUUAAUGCGGAAUACGGAAAGCUCUUUGGAAGACUCAUCGGAAGCCCUUAUAAGGUCGAAAAAUUAUAAAAGCGCGAAUGACCUAAGGCUGGUUAAUCCCAAUGAUAGAGUCUUCGACAUAAGCCGCCUACAAAUGAGCUGCUAUAAAGAGCUCUUUAUAGCAAAUUCUUGCAGAGUGGGUUUAAAAUCUAUGAUUUUAGCCCAGAUUACUGCAAUUACGAAUCAGAAAUACCCAGAGUGGUACAGCGAGGCUGGAGAUUGCCUCGAACAUAGGCAUAAAUUUUUAGACUUCUUGAUAACAGUUUUACUGUUCAAAAACGCGAAAUGGCUGGCACACCAACAGGAACAGAUUCAUAAAAAUGAAGUGAGGGCGAGGUAUUUUAAUAAACAGCAAAAAUUAAAGAAAUUGGUAACGUAGAUUGUAGGCCACAUUCAAUUUUUCUAGCGAUUUCCGUGUUAUAAAAGAUUCUUCCUAAACUAAUAUUGUUCUUUUUUUUUCUUUCAGGGUAGAAUUAAGUUGUAAAUAGUUCGUAGUAGUAGUUUUAGUAUUAGUUAUUGCUAGUUAGUUUUAGUAUUUAUUAAUGUAGUUAGUAGUAUGUACACGUGAGCCAAGCUUUGAAAAAAGCUGGUGAAAAAGACCUAAUCUUUAUUGAUUAGGUUGUGUGAGAAUUUGUGGUUGUAGGUAGACAAAUUCUGAAAAUCGUGUUUUACUAAAAAUAUAUUUUCUUAAUAAUUUUUUAUAUGUAUAUUUCUAAUAAAAUGAAUUUUCUUUUUAUUUUUCUUUGCAGUUUGAAUAAAUUUAAGUAAUUUUCAAUAAAUUUUUUAAUAAAUUUAAACAAAUUUAAGUAAAUUUACAUGUAUUUUCAUUUAAAUUUAAUUAUCAAUAAAUUUUUUAAAAAAUAUUUGCCAUAGUUGUCCAUUUUAUUUUCUCACACAUUUCAGGCGAUUUUUGUAUGGAAAUUUGACCGGCGUAGAAGCAAAAUGCUAAGCAACCAUACAUAUAUUAUUUCGUUUGCACAUUUGUCUGUAUGUUUGCGAAAGCAAAUGCUCUACAAAAUUUGCUCAUAUUUUCAUCACUUACCAACAUACUUCUUGCAAGUGCGUGCAUUGACCUACAUACAUAUGCGUACACAUACAUAUGAAUAUGUCACCACAAAAAAUUGAUCUUCACAAGUCAAUAUGGCAGCCAAAUUGGCGAAGAACAAAUGUAGUAAUUCUUACAACAAAAACAAUUUUCAUUCAUAAACGCAGGCGCAAAUUGCCCAAGCGAUCUCGCUUCAUUCAUAAAAACAGAUGCCGAACAUCUCCCCGAGCAUGCCUUUGCCAACAAGUGUCUUUUCGGCAAAAGCUAAAAAUCAUAAUUUGCACCACUUUCUGGUGCUUCUCGCAAAAAUCUGCGUCGAUAUGUAUUCACGAUCAUACGUACAUACAUAUUUACGCACGUUUGUUGGCGAAGCUGUCACAGCGGCAAGGAAAGCGGUGACAAUCGGCGGCCAUUACUUUAUUUUUUAUUUUUUGCCCUGGUUGCCCAUGACAACAUAGAUGCCAAAAAAAUGUGUUCGUAAACAAAGAAGACAAAUGUGAGAAAGAAAUAAUAUAUGUACAUAUGUAUAUAUAUGCCAUAGAAAUUCUACUGGUGCAAAUAUUGAAAUGAUAACGAAAUAAUGCGAAUAUGCAUAUUUCAUGAAGAUCAUCAA